AUUCUUAUAACAUCUGCAUGUGUUACAUUGUUCCUCAAAUUGUAGUUUUGUUGUUGUUGUUAAGGAUUACAAUAGAGAAAUCAUAAAGAUUAUCAACAGUAUUAUUGUCUUUCAAAUAACUUUUAUGAUUUUUGUUUUACGGGGUUGUUUCUAUUCUAUUAAAGAAGAUUAUUUAUAUUAAAAAAUCAUAUCAAAUCAUUAUGUUAAUGGAUGAUGUAAAACUUCAACAAUCUUUAACAUUUCAUGUAUCCCUACCAUCAAUGAAUUCAUCGGAUAUGGGAAUAACAGCGAAUAAUAACAAUAAUAAUAAUAAUAAUACUACUAUUAAUACUACUAAUACUAAUAGUAAUGUGGAUCCAAUUUAUAUGAAUCAUAAUAAUAAUAAUAAAGAAAAGAAUUUAUCCACUACUUCUACAAGAAUACAAUCACCAUGUUAUGGAAAUAUUAAUUCAUCAACGAAUAGUCCUAUUACUACUAGUCCAUUAACAUUAGAUCAUUGGUCUGCUACAUUAUUAGCAGCACAAGCAUUAGUUAGAACAAAAAAAGUAUUUAUUGGUGGUGUUUCUACUGGUACUACAGCUGAUGAAUUAAAAACAUUUUUUAGUGAAUUUGGUAAAGUGGAAACAUGUGAAUUAAUGAUGGACAAAGCAACAAGUCGUCAUCGAGGUUUUGGAUUUGUUACAUUUGAAAGUGAACAAGCAGCUGAAAAAGUUUGCUCAAUUCAUUAUCAUGAAUUAAAUGGGAAAAUGGUGGAAGCAAAACGAGCUCUACCAAAAGAAGUACUGAGUUCAAGUAAUGCUUUAGUGAAACAACGAAGUUUAUUACCUAAUGCAUUUGCUUUACCAAAUGAAGUUGAUUCAGCAGCUACAGCUGCAGCUACCAUAGCUGCAGCUGCUCUUGCAUCAAGACAACAACAACAUCAACAGCAACAACACUAUCAGAAUAUAAAUCAAAAUUUACAGAACUCAGGAUCUGCAUUUGUAUCACUUGCUUAUGCAUCAUUGAUGCCAUUCAAUCAGUUUCAAUCAUUUCCAUUAACAUCUAACAAUUAUGUUGGACAACCUUUAACUACAUCAAAUCUAACAAUGGAAUCCUCAGGUAUACAUCAUCAAAAUCUUCAUCAUUCAAAUCCUAUUGAAUUCCCAUCUGCAGCUGUACUACCAAAUGGUCAUUCUACAACAAUGACUAGAUUUCCACAACUUGGUAUUCAGUCUGAUGUAAAUCUUCAACCUUCAUGUCCUUUAAAUUUUACUUAUAAUUCACCUACAGCCUAUAUAAAUUCUACAGGGACAUUAACAUCAGUUGGUAAUUAUUUAAAUACAACCAUUCCAAAUCUUAUAAAUCUUGCACCAUCUGGAACAAUUCAAGCAUUAUUACCUAAUUUAACUUAUAAUAUUUUAACAAAUUUAAAUGAUCAACGUAAUCAACCACUUCAUACACAUCAAUCACAACAAACUAUUGGACAACAAUCAUUACAACAACAACAACAACACCAUCACCAACAGCAACAACACAAUCAGUCGUUACCUUCUAUUCAAUUAGAUGUUGAAACAUUAAAACAACAGAUUCAACUACAGAAUUGGUCAAAUAAUACACCAUAUUCACUGAUAGCAUUAAACCAAAAGGCUUUAGGACAAAUUCAUUCACCUUCUAAUUUAUUAAAUUUUAAUCCCAAUCAAAAAAUCCCUAAUAUACAACCAAAUGAUGUAACAACAACACCAAUUCAUUUAACAGAUACAUCACCAACAAUGUGGUUACUUCCAGCGAAAAUUCCACGAGUUCACUAAUAGACAAUCCCUUCCAUUC